GAAUGUUAGAAUUCUCGGUAUUUUCAGGUCUCCAGAAAAUGACGUGGAAAAUGUAAAUUCCAACUCAACUUUAAUGAAAAAAAAAGAAUUUUUAUUUAAAUAAAAUGUGAAUCAAAUGAAAUUAUUUGUCAAGUGAUUAUGUCUGGAAGCUACACAAUGGAGGGGGGAAGAGAAAGAAGAGAGGAAGAAAUCAACGAAAUGUUCAAGAGAAGAACGACAGAAGAUCUAAACGGGGAACAAAGUGAAGGGCUUGAUGUCCGACUUGUUGUAGGACGGGAUGGUGGACUUGAUGUUCAACUACGUGGAGAAGCUAGAGAUGGACUAGAUGUUAGACCAGAUGAUGAAGUAAAUGACAGGUUGGAUGGAAAGGAUGGUUUGGAUAUAAAAAUGGUUCCUAAUCAUGUCAGAGACGAGAUUACAGUAGAAGGCCAUGUGUUAAUCCAACAGAAGAAUUAUCUUUGCUUAGAGGAUUAUGAUUGUAUUGGAUUUGAUUUGGAUCACACUCUUUGUAGAUACAAUGUUGGUCCGAUGAUAAGAUUUGAGUACGAACUUCUUGCCAGUUUCCUAGUGGAUAAACGUGGUUAUGAUCCUGCAAUCAAAUACAGAGAUUUUGAUCUGGAGCAGGACUUCAUUUGUAAGGGUUUAACCCUGGAUAUAGAACGAGGAAACCUUCUCCGCCUUGGUAAAGAUGGAAUAAUUCUAGCAGCCUGUCAUGGAACCAGGAAGAUGACAGAUAUUGAGAUAGAGAGAGUCUACGGUAGAUGUAGGAAGAAACAUGUCAUGAAUGAAUAUGCGACACAUUUACAGAAGCAUGGACCGCUUGGAAUGGGAGAGUUUGGACUAAUGGUCCACAGUUUCAUGGACUAUUUUGAUUAUCCUACUAUGUUACUCUGCGGGAGAAUAGUUGAUGUGUUGGAUCAGAUUAACAAUCAUGGUAAACCAAUGGAAGAAUACAGUUUCUGGACAGAUGUUUUGGACGGAAUGAAGGAAAUGUUUACUAGGACACAAUUUGCUGUAGAUCAGGGUGGAUACUUUCCAGAGAUAAAGGCUCACCCGGAGAAGUUUAUCCUGAAGCGGAGACCAGAGUUUAGGGAUUGGUUAAAGAUGCUCAGAGAGAAUGGAAAAUUUCUAUACGUAAUAACAGGGAGUCAUGUUGAUUUUGCCUCUCACGUAGCGUCCUAUGCUCUGGGUGAAGACUGGAUGGAAUUGUUUGAUAUUGUAAUAUUCUUCGCUAGGAAACCUUCUUUUUUCAUUGAUAGGCGACCAUUUUGGAAGUUGAAUGGAGAGAAGGAAGUGGAGUCCUUUACUGGGUGGGAUGAGCUUGGGACUCAUCAUUAUUAUUCCCAGGGGAACUGGCAUGAUCUCAACGAAUUUUUUGAAUACGCAACUGAAUGGGAACCCAGCGCUAGUUUAUACUUUGGUGAUAACGUGCUUCAGGAUAUUCUGGCUCCGUGUAAAUUUACGAAAACUAUAGAAGUAGUUUCGGUUUCGGAGGAAUUAAUGGCAGAGGGUAUGGUCGGAUACCCAGCUGAGCAUGAACAUACAAGUGAUCUAGUUUCAUCAGUCUGGGGAUCAUAUUUCUACUAUCCAGAGAAAAAGAAGGGUGAUGUACUGAGACGGGCUGGAUCAUUUGCUAAUAGAAAACAAUCAUCCGGAGACUUAGGAAAGAAUGAAGGGUGUAGACCACCGAGCACAGCUGCAGCAGAUGAAGUAAAGAAGACAGUAAAUCUACGCCGAGUAUCUAGUAUGCGAUCUCAGGGAGAAAAUAGUCCUCAGUAUCUACCUAAAGCUGGCAAAGGUACGCGAGCACCAGGUUGGGCUUCUGUACCUCCUCUUCCUCCAGGGCAACCAAAAAGUAGAAGAACAUCAAUAGAUCAGGGGGUUGAGGAUAGCUCUGGGCCUCCUAGUAGGGUCGGAACACCAAAGCAACAGGAAAAUGAGACACCAACACCUGAAGACCCAGAACCAGUGCGGGGUUCAUCGAGGAUAAAUACUUUGUGGGGCCUCUGUAUCAGAGAGCAUGCGAAGAUGUGUAUCCCUGAUGUGGACGUGAUGGUGGAUUAUCCAAUAGAUUAUAAAUAUCCAAUAUUUAUGAAGGAUUCUGCAGGAACAGAGAUCAUGUCAGGAUUCUUUCCAGCAGAUCCUUUAUCUCUUCAUACUCCUCCUCAUCCUAGAUGACAAGCUCAUUCAUCCUCUCCUCAUCUUUUAUCCUUCAUACUCCUCCUCAUCCUUUAUCUCUUUAUACUACUCCUCAUCAUAGAUGACAAGCUCCUCCAUCCUCUCCUCAUCUUUUAUCCUCAUCCCGGAUGACAAGCUCAUCCAUUCUUCUCCUUUAUCCCUCAUACUCCUCCUCAUCCUUUAUCUUUCAUACUGAUCCUCAUCCUAGAUGACAAGCUCAUCCAUCCUAUCUUCAUCCUUUAUCCUCCAUAUUCUUCCUCAUCCUUUAUCCUUCAUACUCCUUCUAAUCCUUGAUGACAAACUUAUCCAUCCAAACUCCCCAAGACUUCCGUGCUUACUUUUAAAUGAAGUGUCUAUGUAGUUUUAUGUGAUUUACAUUUUCCAUUGUUAAAAUUUAUAAAAAGUGGAUAUCGUCGUUUUUCUGUCUAAUUAAUUAAUUCUCAAAAUUUUCUUCAUUUUCUUUGAUGCAUGUAAAUCCGCAAGUCAAUGCAGAGAACAGCAAUUGAAAAUAAUCAUUUCUGAUGGAAAAACGACAAGGAUAACUCCAUUAUUUUUGCUCAAUGAAAGGUUUAAAGGGAACUAUUGCAAAUCUGACAUGUAGUUCCUUUAAUCAUCUCAAGAACAUUUUCAUUUUCCUAAAUCAUCUCCAUCUUUCAUCUUUUAAUCAUAUUUUUAACCCUCCUCACGUCUUUUGUACUUACUAUUUCUUUAUUCCCAUAAUUCAACGUUAUUUUGUAGUCACGGAAGUUCUUAGUAAGAUUUUGACUCUACAGGAGACCACCGGCGGGAUUUCAAUUUCACUGGAGAGGUUUAAAAAUCGAUAUUUACAAGUUUUUAUGCAGGGUGAUUUAUAUUUGACUGGAGGGAUUCAGAUAUCCUUCCUGGAGGUUUAAACCU